AUGUUCCUCCUGUUCGGCCAGACUUUGAUUGGACUUUCAGUUCUAUCUACUCCGUUGCAGGCCUUUGCUUUUGGUAGCCUUGGCACCAAUUCAGCGGUUCGCAGUAGCAGUUUACGACUCCUCGAACCGCGAGCGUCGUCAAUCCGCGAGAUGAACAUGACUAGAAACACCGCCUCCCGCGAGGGCCAACCGGUCGUCGCCGUCAACCCCACAAACCCCAACAAUAUUGACUUCGUGUCGACACGCUUCCAUCCUCUACCUGAACUUGAGCCCGUUGGGGGUUGCUUUCUGACCUAUACGCUCGACUGCGGAAUCACCUGGAAUAACACCACAGCGGAUUACCCCUCAGGUGCCGCGCCGAAGUGUGGCGAGCCACAGGUUUUUGCCGACGCGAAUGGGGCGUUCUAUCUCCUCAACAACCAAGUCUUCUCCGGCUUGAGAAAUAACACUGCCGCUCAUCCCCAGUUGUCCAAGCUCAUUGAAGGAGUCAAAACGUGGAGCGAAUACCCAGCAGCUGUGUCUGCCAGCUCAGACGGUGGCAAGACCUGGGCUGCUGUCAAUCAAAUCCCCGGUCCCGUGGAUGUUUGCCUGGACUAUCAGAUUCCAGACCCGCCUCCAAUCUGCGGAUUUCCCGGCAGAUCUAUUGUAGUUCACGACAGCAUUCUGGCUUCGGCUGCGGAGGGCUCGAAAGGACACCCAGAGAUCCGAGGCAACUUCGUGGCAAACGGCACCGGCCCGAUGCUGGCGAAGUCUGGCAUUGGUCUUCCUAGUGAUCCGACGCCGUGGGUGUCCGCAGACCCUACCUCAACGGGUCGUUUCGCGCUUAUGGUUCCACGCGACUUCACGCUGGAGUUUUAUAUCAUAGAUACCGCAGGUGAAAGAUUCACAGGUCCGGCCGUUAUUCAGACUCCUAAUGCGCAGCGCCCUGCCUUCGACUUUGGUCCGAAUGGCCUCCUUGGUGUCAUGUGGCGCACUAAUUCGUCAUCUAUCCUCGAUGUCUCCUCGACGGUAUCUUUUGACAGUGGACGCAACUUUGCUGCACCGAUCAAGGUGACGGCACAGCCGCAGCCUGUUGGUCAAAAUGGUCAGCCAGGCGACCGAGCUUCCUUUGUCUCGCUCACUCAUACCUUUGCUUAUGUUGUCUGGUCUGAAGGCCGCGAUGGCUUACUGGACGCUGUUCUUGCUGAGAUUAAAUAG